UCGGCUUUCUGAGGAAAAAGAAAGAAACUCUUCCAAAGUGUUGAAAUUGAUUUGAGAAAUGAAAGAAAUGAAAUAAAAACCAUGGAAGUGUUGAACGACAAGRCCGCUAUGCUCAGUAACUACGAGGUCUACCAGUUAUUACAAGAAACAGAAAACAAAACCAGCUCCAAAUCAAAGAGUUCCAAAAAGCAUCAAGUCAAUCUGGCAACAAUUUCAUAUGAGGCCAGAAAAUACCUUGAAAAGACACCAAGUAAAUACCAGAACCAAGAAGUCAUAGAAAAKUUUUUAAGAGAUGUUGCAUCAUUUAAUUUAACGAAAGCAGAGAAACUACAGUUGCUGAACCUAAGGCCUGAAACUCCUGUAGAAAUACAACUGAUUAUUGAAGAAACUGAAGAAAGAUUAAAGACUGAAACAGAGAUACAAGAACUAUUAGAUAUUGUUGCAAAAUUACCAUCUGAAAAGAAAGAAGAUGUUGAUGAGGAAGAAGGGAAUUUAAGUGAGCCAAAUGAAGAAGAAAAUGAUGUUGAAAUGGAAAAUUAAUAAA